UUAGCCAUCGGGAUUGGGAUUCAGAAUUUCCCGGAGGGCCUGGCCGUCAGCCUGCCUUUGCGCGGCGCUGGAUUUUCAACAUGGAAAGCGUUCUGGUACGGGCAGCUGAGCGGCAUGGUGGAGCCCUUAGCUGGCAUCUUCGGUGCCUUCGCCGUGGUGGUGGCAGAGCCUCUCCUCCCCUACGCCUUGGGCUUUGCGGCCGGAGCAAUGGUCUACGUGGUGAUGGACGAUAUCAUCCCCGAGGCGCAGACCAGUGGCAACGGGAAGCUGGCGUCCUGGACCUCGAUACUGGGCUUUGUGGUGAUGAUGUCCCUGGACGUUGGGCUCGGGUAGGGCAGCGCGCCGCUCCCCAGGAGAAGACUUCAGAGCCACUUGUGCAGCGGUGUUUGGAACUGGACACGCAUUAUCCUCUAGACUUUUUUUUGUAUAUAUAUAAUUUUUUUU